UAUCUGUUUUAUACGAUAAAGAAAUAAGAAAAAUGUUAGUGACGUCAUCUAUACGUCUUAUUCUCUUGAUGCGAGACAAGUGAUGCUAGUGAGUAGCGCCCUAUGUUAGGAGGAAUUCUGUCAGCUCGUGUGAGCGUGGCGCCCGGUAACAAAAUGAACAUUCAACGUUCUCAUUCCAAGAGACGCUCAUUUCAGCCUCGGCACUAGGAAAAGUUGGCUUUAAAGACUUUCCGUUUUUGGUUGAUCUCUAGCUGCAUGAAACCGUUGAAUUAGAGCACCUAAGGACCUCAACAUAAUUACAAUUCUUUACAAUUCCACCUCUAAUUCCAGCCUUAGAUACCAACAAUACCAGCGGUUAGGCGUUCCGGCUGAGUUACAUGGGAGAGUUAAAAAGACCGAUUCCCGCUUCACUGACUACCCUAGGGACUACUCCGCGGACUACCCUAAAUAAUCAAUCAAAUUUACUUUUACAGGGAAAAGAGCCACAAGAAGCCUACCUGCUCCACCUACACGAUCAUAACUGUAUGAUAAAAAAAACAGUCAGUGGACAGUUGCCAUUUUCUUUUCACCGACUUCCUCGACCCAGUCGUUUUUUCAUUUUCGCCUCAUUCUUUCGUAGUCUACCCCUCGGGUUAUUGUGUUUGGAGUAAUUAUUCGGAUAAAUUCCCAAAUGUUUAACAGACAUUUUAAACUGAGAGAGGGAAAUUUUGCGUUCAUUUGUAAUACAUAGCCAAAAAUAUCAUAAAAUUAAUUUAGUUCACCUGUUUGUAGUUUCUUUCGGGGCGUCAAUUUCGAUGAUCUCGAUUUCUCUAGAUGUAAGGAAGGGUUCAAAAGGGCUGCUUUUUCAGCAAAUGUUAAUGUUGAUGGCAAAUACUUAAGGCAAAUCAAAAAGGUUAAUAUUAAACAGCACUUACCGAUCGUCCAUUCUAAAAACGGGGUUUGGUAGGUUGCCGAUGAAGAAUGGGGAGAAAAUGAAAAUGUGAAAAAGAAAAUGGCGGCUGUUUUUCAUACAGUUAUGAUCGUGUAGAUGGAGCAGGUAGGCUUCGAUUCUCGUCCCCAGAGGCCGCGCUCCUUUUGGUCAGCCCCAAGAAUCACGACCUCAGCACAGGUCCAGUGAGAUUCCGGUUCUGAUUGGCUUUGCAAACACAAUAGAAUGAGACCAGAACCAAUCAGAUUUGUCAGAUUUGACUUUGAGCAUGCGCAGAGAGACAGGAAGUCCGUGGAUCACGAACUUCCGGUGUUGGAACCGGCCAGAGGUCGCGAUUUUUCGUGCUGACCAAAAAGGAGCGCGGCCUCUGGGGACGAGAAUGGUAGGCUUCUUGUAUCUCUUUGCCCCAUAAAAGUAACUUUGGUUGAUUAUUUAGGGUGGUCCGUGGGGCAGUCUGAAGGGUAGUCCGCGGAGUGGGGGUCAGUCUUUUUAAGACUCUCCCGAGUUACAAUAUGGGCUCUGGGUACGAGAAUGUGGAAUGUUUAUAUUCCGGGACAUUCCCCUGACGUACUAUGUUGAAAGCCAGGCAAUAAUAUAUUCCUUGAGAAGACAGAGCUUUACAUCGAGUGCCAACACUUCAUCACUCCGCUUCAAUCCUGAUCAUGAAUUCUGUUCCACUAAUCGAUAUUUCGCCUCUGUGCAAAAGUAAGUUGAUUUCAUGUUUCUUUGAUUUAAUUAAGUAAUGGAAAGCCCGUAGAUUCUCGGCGUUUCUCUUUUAGUAUAAUGGGUCUGUACCUAUAACAUUUUGGUCGAGUACUUCCGAAAUUGUCUUAAAACGUUUAUGAACCAAGUCGAAGAUGAAUUAAUUUUAGGAAGGGAUAAGAUUUUCGUUGUUUACAACUUUUCAACUUUUCAUUCUAGCAGUUAGACACGCUUACGAACUUCAAGUCCAAGCAUUUCGUGUCUUCCAAAUGCAACACAGAAAACGAAAGUUUCAAUGUGCUGAGCGCAGCAUUUAGGAGACUCUCGCGAUGUUAUAGAUUUGUCUGGGCACAUAUGGCUUCCUUCAAGAUUUAAGUUGUCGCAUUGGUCUUCAGGCAUUUAGAAGUAAAAGCCUGAAAAGAGUCAAUGGAUAGUAACGCUCCUGGUAAUGGAUCUGUUAGAGGAGAAAUAAAUAGUUAUUUCUUCGUUUUCCCACCCUUCCCAGUAUUGAAAUCCCCCAAUUAUUUCCGACAAUUAAAAUAGUUAAUCAUUUCAGUGUUGUAUCUCAAACUAUUGAUAUUAAAAUGCUCUUUAGAAGGCAUUAUACAUCGGAGAAUGUCUCAAUACUUAACACGAAUUUAAAAACAAAAAAAGUACUCAACUAUUUUGCUACUAUCAUACUAUUAAAAGGCCAAGUUCCUUUCCUCGGAAAUUACUUGAAAAAUGUUUGUAAUUUAUUGUCUCUGUCCCAGCAUGAAGCCCGAAAAGGCUUUUCCUGGAAGCUGUAAUAAGUUUUCCCUGAAACUCGUCCCUUAACUUCCGGUUAUUUAUGUUCGACCUCACUUCCGUUCUUCACAACUGCCCGCGCCGAAAGAUCUGGAAACGAAAUCGCUGGCAGAGAUGAAUGAAAAAACUAGCACUUCCGGUGAGAAACCAAAUGAAGCUGGUCUUUCCACCGGAAAGUAUUCGGAAAAACUGGAAUACCUUCAGAGUAAUCCUCUUUUCUCAUGCAAUAUCCAGUAUUGCUACCACAAUAAAGCUCCUGGCAUCCCUGUUUGUACCACACUGCCAUAGUAUAUUAACUAACAUAUUCACGUAGUAAGCUAUGGGAAAAGACUGUGGCCAAGGCAUUGAGCCACUGGGAGCGAAAGCACAAAAGCUGUGUCGCGUCACCGAGGGGAGGUGGGAGGGUCGAAAAUUCGAUCAGACAUUUUCAGUAUAGAAUGCAAUCAGGGCAAGAGGAUAGAUUAAAUAAGAAGACAUUGCAGGUGACAAUUCCUUCUUUCAAUGAAUAAUUAGAAUUAAAUAAUAGUUAUGUAACCUACGCAAUCAAGAACUUCGCGGCAUAAACAUGAAUGAAAAUAUUAAAGUGAAGCAUCGUGGUGUCAAGGACACAUUGAUAGAACUCGCUUACUCGGCUCUCGUUUACAAGUGGUGAAGGAGGGGCUUCGAAUUUUACUGGACAGGGGUUGAAGCUAAGUGUGUUGGGUGGAGAAUAAAAGAUCAGUGCACAAGGUAUAAAUAGGAUUAGCGUUGUUUACAUGUGCAAACACGAGAGCUGUUCGCCUGGAUUUAGUUCCUGCACUAGAUGCAGUCCUUUAUUAGACGUCUACCGCAGAGUUUUUUUUACCAGAGGAGUAGUAAAUCAGCUGUUUGUCUCGGACAGAGAGAAGCCGUUCAAAAGCCAAGAUGUUAAACAGUUUGCUCUGAACGUGGGCGAUGCCUGGAAGGUCAAGCUGCCACAAUACCAAGGAGGAGAAGAUUUUUUGAAUAGGGUGGUUCGUUGCACCAAGGGCAGCUUGAAGAAAAUCCCUGUUGUGGCCAAAACUGACUCAUGAAGGACUAGUAAGUCUUCACUCAAGUUGGAAGUGUUGUAACACUCGACCGCUCACUUACGUUUACGGUGACGAAAUACAAUUUGAUGAUCGGAAGAAAAGGUUGUUGUCCAGCGACCACAACCUGAAGCUCAUUGACAAACAGUUACUGCGAGUGACGUCGACGGAAGGGGAUAUCAUAACCUCAAGUUACUCUUGUCCCACUUCUCAUGGAAUAAAUGGCAAAUAGACUACCACACUAAUUUUCGUCAAUUUCAAAUCUGAUGGAGAUAUGGUCGUUGUGGAGGAAAAUUCACCCAGAAGUACUGGGAAGUUAGAUCGUGCUGAUGAAGGGACGAGAUGGCAAGACGAGGAGGCAACCUCAAGAAAUUGCUGCCCUUGAAGAAAGAAAGAAUAGAAAUUGCGACUGCUGUUGCUAGUCCCGCCCCUGAUUACGGACCUACUGGGGAAGGCUCUUCAAAGAGCACGAGAACCCAGAGGACAACCUGCAAUCACGAGGAGUUAUCGUAUAAAGAGAAAAGUUUUACGCUGGCUCGUUCACGUUGUCGAAGAUUCUACAUUGGUCCUUUGAUCGCGUGCCGAUGUGAGAUAUGACCUGGAUCUUGUGAUGAUCAAGUCACGCGGAUUAGAGUCUUAUGGCUUUGAGAGUAUAAACAUUGUGGAAUUAAAGAGAGUUGAAAUGUGCGUUUUCGCUUUCUUUCACAAAGGAGGCAGCUUGGCUGACCAGCAAGCUAUAGAUCAGGUCUAUCAGCAGAUUCACCAAGCUUGCAAAGACAUUGGAUUCUUCUAUAUAACUGGUCAUGGAGUGGAACAAUCGACCCUGGACUUGCUUUUCAGUUAUGCACGGAAGUUUUUUUCUCUUCCAGUGGAAAAGAAAACUGCUAUCAGCAUUGUUAAAUGCCCAUCCUACAAUGGAUAUGUUAAAUCAGGUUCUGAGAAGACCCAAAAUGUUGUAGACAUCAGAGAAGGUGUUUAUUUGGGCGCAAAUGUGAAGCAUUUACACGAGGAAGAUGCCAUGGUCACAUGCGAUAAUUUUCCACAAGAAAAUGAGUUACCAGGUUUUGCCAAAACUGUAGAAACCUAUAAAGCUCAUCUAACAAAUUUAGGAUUUGCAAUGACAAAAGCUUUGGCUGUUGGAUUAGGGCUCCCAGAGAGCUAUUUUGCUGACAAGUGUUCCCCACCUAUGACUAUUCUUGCCUUCUGGCACUAUCCCCCCUACCCAGCUGACAUUGACUCUUGGGGGGUGGGACCUCAUACAGAUUAUGGUAUGUGGACCUUAUUACUGCAAGAUGAUAUUGGUGGUUUGGAAGUGGAAAUGACAGAGGGACAAUGGGUUGAAGUGAAACCAAUACCAGGCACAUUAGUUGUUAACCUGGGAGACUGUCUUCAGGCCUGGACCAAAGGUCUCUAUCGAGCCACAAGACAUCGUGUAAGACGUUCAAUCAAGGCAGAUCGAUAUUCAGUGCCAUUUUUCUUUAACCCAAACCGAGGAUGCAUUAUUGAGCCUGUUGAGACUAAUGUCACAAGAAAUCUGAGUUUCACCAAAGUUGUAAAGGGACAGGAGUUGCCCUUCACUUUUGGCGAUUUUAGUAAAAAACUGUUAGAGAAGAGUCAUGACUGGAACAAAGGACAUAAUAACACAGACUAAAGUCUUGAAACACAUUUACUUUAAUUUGAAAACUUUACAGAGCACAAAGAAUGUCAUGUUAAAUAAUCAAAGGCAAGUGGAUCUUGAAGUCAGACUUGUGGAUUCUAUCCUUUGCUUGCCUGAUGGGUAAGUGAAGGUUAAUUACAGAAGUACUGUAAGCAAUUAAAACAUUUAUAUAUUGAAUUAAUAUUAAUCAUGCUAGUAUGAAUUUUUGGGAAGCUGUUAAGAAUGACUUUUAGGCUAGCACAUCAUGUUGUACCGUCCUAUGUUACUUCUUUGUUAACAUUGCAAAGGUAGAUACUUGUUUCAGAAAACCCUGUACCUCUAUUCUUGUGGUUGUAUUGUUUCUAGAACAAAGCAAUUUGCAUGUACAGAAGAUUUGUCUAUAUUAGUAUCAACUAUAUGCUAGAAGAAAGAUACAUCACUUACAGGAUCACACAAAUGUGUGCUUAAAGGUGGAGUGAUACUGUACCUAUGUUGUUAGUAGCUUUUUAUAUUUUGGGAGACCUCACUUCUCCCUUUUCUUGGUUCCAAGUUAAGUGUAUCUUUUGGAAUUACUCAUAGCUUGUUUGAGGAAAUGUUAUCUGCUGUUUUCAGGCUACAAUAGUGUGUUAACUAUGACUCAAAUAAAGAGUACAGUAGCUCUAAAUUUAUUGCCAUUCUGUGGUGCCUCUGUGGCCAUGUUUUUCAUGGUUUCAAAAAGAAAAGAAAUAAGUCAAGCCACUUGGCAAGGUUUUAAACUUGAGCAUAAAUGGUUAGUACAGUGGAACCCCGCCUUACGAUCACCCUGUUAAUACGACCACCUUGUUAUUACAGCCACUUUAUU